AUGCAGCAAACCCUUGCGGCAAUGCACUACCAAAGAGCCUUUUCUUCCCUUGUGCCUUCGGAGGAGCCAGCUCGAACGCAGCUCUUGGCCUUGGUGGCUGGAUGCACGCCUCUGACAUGUGCCGCAGAAGGGGGUCAUGCAACCGUGGUUCAGAUGUUGUUGGAGAACGAGGAGGACGUUAACGAAAGAGGUAUGACUGAAAAGGAACAGUCACCAAUUCACUUGGCCGCCUUGAAUGGGCAUGUAGCGGUCCGGCUGAUCGCAGGUGGAAGUGACCUGGAGGCCCGAGUUGAACCUAGUGGCUAUACUCCACUAACCCUAGCUGCGUCUCGUGGAUGUGUCGAUAUUAUGGAGCAGUUGCUAGAGGCCGGGGCUAAUACUGAGGCCCGGGAUUCCAAUAACUGGACAGCACUGUUUCAAGCCGUUUUCAUGGGAAAUCCGAGAAUGGUGAAGCUACUACUAGACCAUAAAGCCAAGCCUGAUCCUCUUGACGAGCAACAGGGGACACCUCUGGAAUUCUCGAGACCCGUCCGCUCAACCAUGACCCCCAGGAUCGCUUUGGUCGCAGCCUGA